CACAUAUCUGUCAAUUUAGAUAUAACCUCAAUUUUUCAAAUUUUCACGUGUUGUUUUUUGUGUAAAAAUAAUGGGAAGCAAACAAAAAAUUGGGAGAAACUUGAAAAGAAGGAUUACAGAGGAACCUGAAAAGUUAGAAAUAGAACCGGAAUCUGAUGAGGAAGAAUUUUUAAAAAUCGUGAAUGGUGAAGAGGCAGAUAGCUCAGAUUCUGACGGAGAGGUAGAAGACUCUGAUAUAGAAGACGACUCUGAUAUAAAAAACUUUGAAUCUUACGGAAAAAGUGAAGAUUCUGAAGAUGAAGAUAACGAAUCUGUUGAAGAAGAACCUGAAACAGGCUCUGACUGUAUAUCGACAUUUAGUAGCGAAGAAGAAAGUGAUGAUGAUGAAGAUGAAACAGUCUACUCUGAAGAAGAUGAUGAAGAGGAAAGUGAAAACGACAAAGCUGAAAACUCGAAAGAUGAGUGUAUUGGUAGUGAAGAAAAACAAAAUGGCAAGAAAAGUGACGAAAAAAAAAUCCCCAAAGAAGGGGCAGCAUUCCGAAAAAAAGAAGUUUUAGAAAAUGAUUUGAAAAAGAGAAAGUCUUUCAUUAAAUUAGGUGAAGCAGGAUCUCAAAAUGUUCCCAAAAAUGAAUAUGAUGAUCAUGAUACUUCAGAUGAGGAAGAUAUUAGAAACACUGUGGGAAAUAUCCCAAUGAAUUGGUAUGACGAAUAUAAACAUCUUGGUUAUGAUUGGGAUGGUAAUCAAAUUUUAAAGCCAGAAACAGGAGACCAAUUGGAUGAUUUCCUCAAAAGAAUGGAGGAUCCAGAUUUCUGGAGGACUGUGAAAGAUCCACAAACAGGUCAAAAUGUAGUGUUAAAUGAAGAAGAUAUUGAUUUAAUCAAGAGAAUAAAAGCACAAAAAAUACCUGAUGUAACAUUCGAUGAAUAUGCGCCUUGGAUAGAAUGGUUCACCAGCAAAGUGGAAGAAAUGCCUAUCAGAAAAUUCCCUGAACACAAACGAUCAUUCCUUCCCAGCAAGCAUGAAGCUAAGCAAGUGUCAAAACUAGUUCAUGCCUUAAAGAUGGGCUGGAUUAAGACUAGAGCAGAGCAGGAAAAACUCAGGGCGAAGAAGGAACCUCAGUUUUAUAUGCUUUGGCAAACUGAUGAUCAAGCUGAGGAAAUGAGAAGAAUUUACAAACACAUUUCAGCGCCAAAGAGAUUAUUGCCAGGGCAUGCUGAAAGUUAUAAUCCUCCUCCUGAAUAUCUGUUUGACGCCAAAGAACUGAAACAGUGGAAUAAGCAAAAAAAUGCGCCAUGGAAAAGGAAACUUCACUUUGUACCACAGAAAUUUGAUUGUUUACGGAAGGUACCUGCCUACCCAAGAUUCAUAAAAGAACGAUUUUUGAGGUGCCUUGAUCUUUAUCUUUGUCCCAGAGCAAUUAAGAUGAAGCUCAAUAUAGAACCCGAAUCCCUAGUGCCCAAGUUGCCCAGUCCAAAAGACUUGCAGCCAUUCCCCACGGUACUAGCUCUUGAAUAUAAAGGUCACACCGAUAUGGUGAGAACCAUAAGUACUGAUAAAACAGGACAAUAUCUUCUUAGUGGAUCUGAUGAUUGUACCAUUAAGAUAUGGGAAGUGAACACUGGUAGAUGCCUUAAAACCAUCAAAACUGAUAAUGUUAUCCGAUCAGUUGAAUGGUGUCCCAAUUCUGCUCUGUCGCUUAUUUUAGUAGCCUCAGGACAAGACGUGCUUCUUAUCAAUCCUCAUGUUGGUGAUUUCCUAGUGGCUACAAAAACUGACACUAUCCUUCAAGAAGCUCCAAAAACUGAAGUGGUUGUGCCAGAACGAGUGCGUACUUCUGUCCAGUGGUCAGAACCAGACGACGACCAAUACCAGCGAGGCACAAGAAUCAUCCUCAAGCACUUCAAGGAAGUGACACAAGUAACAUGGCAUGGCAAAGGAGACUACUUCGCAAGUGUAAUGCCAGAUGGACAGAAUCGUUCUGUGCUCAUCUCACAGAUAUCAAGGAGGAGAUCCCAACUACCUUUCACUAAGUCUAAGGGUCUAGUCCAGUGUGUUCUCUUUCAUCCUACUAAGCCGUUCUUGUUCGUAGCAACUCAACGCCACGUAAGGAUCUAUGAUCUUGUGAAGCAAACUCUCAUGAAGAAACUUCUGACUAAUUCCAAAUGGAUUUCAACCAUGGCAAUACAUCCCUUGGGAGACAAUUUGCUUGUUGGCACAUAUGAUAGGAAGAUGCUUUGGUUCGAUCUGGAUCUGAGUACAAAACCUUACCAGACAUUGAGGUUACAUGGGACUGCUGUAAGAGGAGUGGCAUUCCACAAGAGAUAUCCCCUCUUUGCUUCAGGGUCAGACGAUAAGAGUCUUAUCAUUUCCCAUGGAAUGGUCUAUAAUGAUCUCUUGCAAAAUCCCUUGAUAGUUCCAUUGAAACGACUCCAGGACCAUGAAUCAUUUAAUGACUUUGGCAUUUUUGGGGUACAUUUCCAUCCAUUACAGCCAUGGGUAUUUUCUUCAGGUGCUGAUAGCACUAUCAAGUUAUAUUCUAAUUAGAUUGUUAAAAUUUUGAAUGUUUGAUGAAUAUAUUAACUAAUAAUUUAA